AAUGGGAGACGCGUAAUGGAGAACACGGUGCCAGGUGUUGGUGCAGUACGGGCGAAGCACCAGAAGGCCAGUGAAGCCAGGCAGCAGAGCGCUGACGCCAGGCCCGCAGUGGCAGUGCAGCACAUCGUCAGACAUAUUCGUCAGGAGUUCCACCUCCUGACGAAACACCAUCUAGACCCUGAGCUGGAGGUAGCCAUAAAAAAAUAUGGCAAGAGAGUUGUGACUUUGGCGGAGAGGAAAUGGCGACUCAAAGCCUCCGUGGAAGAACUCCGCAAGCGCCUGGACGUACUGCCGGAGGUUGAGAAGGAUGGUAAGCUGCUCUCGAGUUUUUACCUUCUGUUCAGCUUGGCUGCAGUGCUUGAAGCAUGUUCCAAGCACACAUGCUGUUAA